GGAGAGAUGCUUCGUGACCACAACGGAGACGUGACCUUUUUAUAUGAAAUGCGCAAAAGGAAAUGACAACAACUUUCUUAUCAUAUGUAAAGCUGGGCCGGCAAUAUCGCAAUGUUUGUUUGCACUUGGCCUUUGCUCCGCUCGCCUAUUAUCUUUUUUUUUAGUUUUGGUGCUGCCGUUGCUGCCGUUUUUGUUUCUGCUCCUACUGCCGCCACCGCGUGUAUUAUUUUAUAUUAUCGUCCAGAAAUAGUACAAAUCCCUUAUCUUUACCGACAGUCAAUCACCAGAGCUCGUGGCCCGUAUCUUUGGCAGCCAUUGAUCGCUGGAAAAUAUUUUUUGUACACCUUGCAUGUGCAUAUUUGUUAAUAAAAAAGAGGGGAGUAGGUCUCACUGUGUCCGGCGGUGCCUAAUUUUCGUUAUUUUUGCGCAAAUAAUUAAAAAGUG